AUUAUUUACAAAGUCAUUGCAACAUAAUGUAAUUAAAUUUUUAAUUGCAUGAGAGGGAAAACUUAUAUAUAAAUAAAAAUUUAUGCAAAUUUUUUUUUUUACUGAUUUCAUACGAUAACAACUGAACACAUAUAAGACUGAAUUUGUGGAAUUCUUCAAAAAAAAAAAAAAUGGUUUACCUUAUUUUAUUACUCAUUUCAACGAUACAUGCCCAUCAAGUUCACAAACAUAUGUCUGAUGUAGAAUUAAAGGAUAUUUUUCAAAUCAGUCAUACUUCAGAAAUUCCACAAUAUGAACUAGUUUCUGUAAAACAUAAAAUUAACAAAAGAAGUGAAAAACAAAUAAUUGAAGCUCAAAUUUCAAAUCAAAAGAAAACACUCUUUUUGAAUCCAACUGAAGGUUUUUUAGCGGGAAAAAAUACAAAAGUUUGGCUUGGUAAAACAAAAAAAAUUGAAGAUGAUUCUUUGUCUGAUCUUAAAUUCAAAAUAAUUCCAAAUAUAAUGGAUGAUGUGGGAGAAUUUUUUCAUGAUUUAAAUAAUGGAGCGGCACUACGAAUGAGAAGAGAUUUAAAUGGUCACACACUUUGGGAUGGAACAUUUGGUUCUGAUCAUAUGAUACGUUCUCUGCCUGAACGUCAUAGAAAAAAUUGUACUCUUGUACCAUGUAAUUUUACAUCAUUUGAAAAAGAUAAAAAUGAUUUUUUGACUACGUAUCAUCAUAUUAUUUAUAAAAUAGAAAAUAUUUUAGAAGAAAAUUUUGAGACGCCAUAUUAUAAUGUCCCAAUGGAAAUUUACUCUGGACCACCAUCAGUUGUUUAUCCCGAAAUAUUAGUUGUCGUCGACGAAGCACUUUUCAGUAAGUUUGAUAAAAACGUGAAGAAUGCAGUUAGUUAUCUUCUAACUUUUUGGAAUGCAGUCGAUUUACGAUAUAGAAAUCUCAAUAGUCCAAAAGUGCGUUUAAAUAUUGCAGGAAUUGUUUUAAUGGAGGGAUCCCUCGAAUAUUCCAAUGGUUAUUUGGAGAAAAAUGGAGAUAAAAGUUAUAUAUUGAAUUUACUUUUACCACAAACUGGCUUUUAUUUUAUUCAUAGAUGGGCCGCAGCCAAUGAAGCAUAUUUCGAUAUGGUCGUUCUUACCACUGGAUACCAAUUGUUGAAUCAAAUUCAAAAUAACGUGACACGAAAAGAUGAAGGUGGUGCUUAUUUUCAAGGAGCUUGCAAUUUCACAUAUUCCAUUGCUGUAGGAGUUUUUCAUGAUAAUGGAGGUUUUCAAGGUUUAACUUCCGGUUCUCAUGAAAUUGGUCAUUUAUUGGGUGCACCACAUGACAUUGAUUAUUCAGACAAUGAUUGUAAAUGGGAUUUAGGAUAUAUGAUGAGCUAUGUAAAUGGAUCUGAGAGAAGAGUUAGAUUAAAUCGUUGCAAUCAAAAACAAAUGCGUGAUUUUCUUAAUUCAGAUAAAACAUUGUGUCUUCGAAAUUCACCAAUUGCAAAUGAACCAAUAUCAAAAAUUUUGCCAGGCAAAUAUAUGUCAUUAGAUGAACAAUGUAUGAAAAAAACGGGACAUACAUCUUGUGAUUAUGGCGAAAAACACUGUGUUCAGUUACACUGUAAAGAAAUAAAAGAUAAUAAAGAAAUUUGUUCUGCUUUUGAACCGGCAGCAGAAGGAUCAAAAUGUGGAUAUAAGAAGUACUGUUUAAACGCAGAAUGUGUGGAUGAAUCAGCCGAAACUGUUCAAAAUUUAUUUACUUAUCUAUAGUUUUUUUUAUACUAAACAAAUUAUUUUUGUAAUUUUUAGUUUUUUAAAUUAAAUUUUUUUGUUAUUCACACUGAAAAAAGGGUUUGGUAUUAACAACCAAACGUUUGGUUGGUAUUUAAGCAACCAAAAUUUUUUUGUUGAAUCAACAAAAUUUUAAUUGUCUCAACCAAAAUUUGUUUGACACAAUCAAAAUUAGAAAAAAACGAUUUUUGUUGUCCUAACUAAAGUUUAAUUGAGACAACCAAAAUUUUGUUGAUUCAACAAAAAAAUUUUGGUUGCUUAAAUACCAACCAA